AUGCCUCUCGACGGGGUGGCACAAGCAGUACGAGUCAGCCUCCUCGGGAAAGAGAGCAUCCUCAUCAAUUUCGGGUUGUGGCGCAAUUAUGUCGCCGAGGAUCUACUGUCGAAUCUCGAGUCAUCCACCUAUGUCUUGGUCACCGACACUAACCUGGGUUCACUCUACACCCAGUCCUUCCGAGAAGCCUUUGAAGCGGCAGCAAAACAGAAGGCGAAACCGGCACGGUUGUUAAUUCAUCAGAUCCCGCCUGGAGAGAGCUCGAAAUCGAGACAAACAAAGGACGACAUUGAAGACUGGCUGCUCAGCCAGAGCCCGCCAUGUGGUCGAGAUACGGUCAUCAUUGCCCUAGGCGGUGGCGUCGUAGGUGAUCUGACAGGCUUUGUUGCUGCCACCUACAUGCGAGGGGUGAGAUUUGUACAGGUCCCAACAACAUUGCUCGCCAUGGUGGACUCUUCAAUCGGCGGGAAAACCGCCAUCGAUACACCUCUGGGCAAAAAUCUCAUUGGAGCGAUUUGGCAGCCACAGAGAAUCUACAUUGAUCUCGACUUUCUCGGGACUCUGCCACGACGAGAGUUGAUCAACGGCAUGGCCGAGGUCAUCAAAACCGCAGCCAUCUCCGAUGAAGCAGAAUUCAUCGAGCUGGAACGUCAUGCGGAUCGGAUUAUGGCCGCCGUGAAUGCCGAUAUCGCCAAAGGUGCCGCGAGAUUCAAGGACGUAGAAGCCACUCUGAUCAGAAUCAUUUCUGCCUCGGCCAAGUUCAAGGCCCACGUCGUGACCAUCGACGAGAGAGAAACGGGCUUGCGAAAUUUGCUGAAUUUCGGACACUCUAUCGGCCACGCCAUCGAAGCUUUCUUGACUCCCCAAGUGCUUCAUGGGGAAUGUGUGGCGAUCGGCAUGAUCAAGGAGGCUGAGCUCGCCCGGUACUUGGGCGUCCUGAGUGGAGUUGCAGUUGGCCGUCUGCAAAAGUGUCUGACAACGUAUGGUCUGCCAACUCGGCUCGACGACGAAAAAGUGGUCAAGCUGUCCGGAGGUAAGGUUUGUACGGUCGAUGGCAUGCUCAAGAAGAUGGGUGUCGACAAGAAAAACGAUGGUGCGAAGAAGAAGGUGGUCCUCCUCUCAGCCAUUGGUCGCACGUACGAACAGAAGGCCAGCGUCGUAUCAGACUCCGACCUGCGUGUCGUGCUUUCUCCGAGUGUCCAAGUGGUGCCAGGGGUGCCCAAAGACCUCAAGGUUGUCUGCACUCCACCUGGCUCGAAGAGCAUUUCUAACAGAGCGCUUGUCCUUGCCGCUCUGGGUCGCGGAACCUGCCGCGUCAAAAACUUGCUGACCUCGGCAGACACAGAAGUGAUGCUGGAGGCACUGACUCGGCUUGGGGCCGCGACAUUUUCCUGGGAAGAUGAUGGGGAAGUUCUGGUGGUGAAUGGCAAUGGUGGUCGGCUUGAGGCCACGCAACACGAGCUCUAUCUGGGCAAUGCUGGAACCGCCGCCAGAUUCUUGACCUCUGUCACGACCUUGACCCGGCAGAGCCAUGUGGCAUCCACGGUUCUUACCGGCAAUGCCCGCAUGAAGCAGCGACCCAUCGGAGACCUCGUAGAUGCGUUGAGAAAGAAUGGCGCCGGCAUCGAAUACAUCGAGAACACCGGGAGUCUACCACUUAAUAUUGCAGCCUCAGCUGGGUUCAAUGGCGGCGAAAUCAAAUUGGCAGCCAAGGUUUCGUCGCAAUAUGUCUCCUCUCUGCUGAUGUGUGCCCCCUACGCGAAGAAGCCUGUGACACUCAAGCUCGUAGGCGGAAAGCCCGUGUCGCAACCCUACAUUGACAUGACUAUUGCAAUGAUGGCCUCCUUCGGCGUCUCGGUGCGAAAGUCGAAAACCGAAGACCACACGUAUCAUAUCCCGCAAGGCAUUUACAAGAAUCCGGACGAGUACGUGGUCGAGAGCGAUGCAAGCUCUGCGACUUAUCCGCUUGCAAUUGCGGCAAUCACGGGCACAACAUGCACCAUCCCCAAUAUUGGCUCUGCCUCGCUUCAGGGCGAUUCGGCAUUCGCCACCGACGUGCUGAGGCCAAUGGGGUGUGAAGUAAAACAGACGUCUUCGUCAACCACGGUAACAGGUCCCCGGGACGGCAGACUCGCACCAUUGAGCAACAUCGACAUGGAACCGAUGACGGACGCUUUCUUGACUGCUUCUGUGUUGGCGGCUGUCGCUCAAGGCGGCAAGACCAGCACAACACGCAUAUAUGGCAUUGCCAACCAGAGGGUGAAGGAAUGCAACCGCAUCCAAGCGAUGGAGGAUGAGUUGGCAAAGUUUGGCGUCACGUGCCGGCAGUUUGACGACGGUAUCGAAGUCGACGGCGUCGACCGUACCCAGUUGAAGCAGCCGCAAGGAGGGGUCCAUUGCUACGACGAUCAUCGAGUUGCCAUGAGCUUUAGUGUUCUCGCACUGGCCGCACCUCAGCCUACGCUGAUUCUCGAGAAGGAGUGCACAGGCAAGACGUGGCCGGGGUGGUGGGACACGCUGGCGCGGCAAUUCAAUGUCGCGCUCGAGGGUGUGGAACUACAGGAGAGUGGUGACCGCCUCAAUGCGAAGAAAGUGGAUCGAAGUGCCGCCUCGAUGUUCAUCAUCGGCAUGAGGGGUGCCGGCAAGACAACCUCGGGGCGCUGGGCGGCAAGAUCGCUGGGCAAGAAAUUGGUUGACCUGGACACGGAGAUGGAGAGGCGCGCAGGCAAGUCGAUCCCCGAGAUCGUCCGGGAACACGGUUGGGAGCAUUUUCGGAAACUGGAGUUGGAGCUCCUCAGAUCCGUCAUGACGGAGAUGCCAAACGGCUACGUCUUCGCCUGUGGUGGUGGCAUCGUCGAGACCAAAGAAGCACGCAACCUGCUAAUCGAAUGGCACGAGAAGAAAGGCCAUGUCCUCCUGGUCGAACGAGAUAUCAGGGAAGUCAUGAGCUUUCUUCAAAUCGACAAAACACGACCCGCCUACGUCGAAGACAUGAUGGGCGUCUGGAUCCGGCGGAAGCCCUGGUACGAUGAAUGCAGCAACCUCCUGCACUUCAGCCAAGACCUCCACGAGGAGCAGAUGGCCGAAGCCGCCGAGGAGUUUGACCGCUUUUUGCAGAUGGUCACGGGGAAAGUCGACGUCCUGUCCCAACUCAAGAAGAAGCCCUACAGUUUCUUUCUGUCCCUGACCUUCCCGGACUUGCGGCAUCAUAUCAAACUCCUCCCGGAAGUCUGCCUUGGGUCCGAUGCGGUCGAAUUGCGUGUCGACCUGCUGCAGGAGCCCCGUUCCGGCAGCCCCUUUCCGUCCGUCGACUAUGUGACUGCUCAACUCUCCUUUCUCCGCUCCGUCAUUCCUCUUCCGGUCAUCUUCACGAUCCGCACGGCAGCCCAAGGGGGCAAAUUUCCCGACGAAGCCGGAGAAGAGUAUGCCCAACUGUGCAUUCUUGCCAUCCGCUUGGGCUGCGAAUUCUUGGACCUGGAGGUGGAAUCGUUCCCCGAGUCCGUCCUCUCCCCAAUCAUCAAGUUCAAAAACAAGUCGAACACACGAAUCAUUGCCUCCCAUCACGACCCGAAGGGAACAUUGUCAUGGUCAAAGCCGGGCUCCUGGAUCCCCGUUUAUAACAAAUGCCUCCUGUAUGGCGAUGUCGUGAAACUGGUCGGCAUCGCCCACACCAUCGAUGACAACUUCGCCCUCCGACGCUUCAAGGUGUGGUCGCAAUCCCAGCACCCGGACCGGCCUCUGAUUGCGAUCAACAUGGGCCGCACCGGACAGAUUUCCCGGUUGCUGAACGGCUUCAUGACCCCUGUCAAUCACGCCAAACUCCCGUUCAAAGCGGCUCCGGGCCAACUCCCCGCCAGCGAAAUUCGGCACGGCCUGCAACUAAUGGGUGAGAUCGUGCGCAAGGAAUUCUACCUGUUCGGGUCGCCGAUCGGCGCGAGUAAAUCGCCCACGUUGCACAAUAUCUUGUUCAUGGAGCUGGGGCUGCCGCACCAUUACUCGAGGUUUGAAACCACGGAGCCUCGGACGAUUGUAGAGAAGAUCCGCGCCGAGAACUUUGGCGGAGCGAGCGUGACGAUCCCGCUCAAGGUGGACGUCAUGAUCCAUCUGGACGAGGUGGAUCCGGCUGCUCGCCUCAUUGGCGCCGUGAACACCAUUGUCCCCGUCUACGACCCUGCCUCGGGCAAGAACAAGCUGGUCGGUUACAACACGGACUAUCUGGGCAUGAUGGACUGCCUGCGGGCCGCGGGGGCUUCUGCCGCGUUGGGAGAAGGUGAGCAGUCCGGCCUGGUCGUGGGCGGCGGCGGCACGGCACGCGCGGCAAUCCACACGCUGUACACGAUGGGGUACAAGCCGAUCUACCUGAUCGGGAGGAACCACGGCAAGAUGAGAUCGCUGGCGGAGUUGUUCCCGCCGAAUUACAACCUCGUGCUACUGGAUGCUCACGGACAGUCUAGCCCGUCGGACGGGGCGUCAUCGUCGUCCUCCUCACGGUUGGCGACGCUGGAGCACCAGAUGCCGACGGUGCCGGUGGUCGCCAUCGCCACCAUCCCCGCCGACCGGCCCAUCGACCCGGCCCUGCAGGCGGUGCUGGAGAGUAUCUUCGAGCGGUCUGCCAAGCUCGCCACCUCGACCGCCCCCCCCGGCCAGGGCACCUCGCCCCCGAUGCGCACGCUGCUGGAACUUGCGUACACCCCCCCGCACACGGACAUCAUGCAGAUGGCCGAGAAUCUGGGCGGGUGGAAGACGGUGCAGGGGCUCGAGACGCUGGUCACCCAGGGCCUGUGGCAGUUUGAGUACUGGAAUCAGAUCCGGGUGCGAGGGAUCGCAACGGAGACAGUACGCGAUAUUAUUCUCAAUUCUUCUGUCGCGCCGCACCGCGCCCUGCCGCCCGCGACCGCGACGGUUCAGGAAAAGAUAGACCGAUAG